GUCAUUCUUUUCAGCGUGGUUUUGUCAUUCGUUUUCAGCGUUGGCAUGUCACUCUUUUCAGUAUUUGGCGUGUCAUUCUUUUUCAGCGUUGGCGUGUCACUCUUUUCAGUAUUUGGAGUGUCAUUCUUUUUCAGCGUUGGCGUGUCACUCUUUUCAGUAUUUGGAGUGUCAUUCUUUUUCAGCGUUGGCGUGUUAUUCUUUGAGAUCGAGUUCCUCGAGGUCAAGGCCGAGAGUGUCUUUGAGAGACGCGUCUUUGCACAAGACUUCCCCAAGAGUUGGUGUGUUAUUUUUUGACACUGUUGUUUUGUUAUUCUUUUUCAGCGUUAGUGUGUUAUUCUUUGAGAUCGAGUUCCUUGAGGUCAAGGCCGAGAGUGUCUUUGGGAGACGCGUCUUUACACAAGACUUCCCCAAGAGUUGGUGUGUUAUUCUUUGACAGUGUUGGUGUGUUAUUUUUUUUUUUUUUGAUAGUGUGGUUUUAUUAAUUAUUCUUUGACAGCAUUAGUGUGUUAUUCUUUGACAACGUUGGUUGAUUCAACAUUCCUUUUACCAACAGCUUGUUGCUCCCUCCAGCGGCGGUUUGUUAUCCUUGACAGCAGUGGUUGGUUAUGGCCUUUUCCAGCGGUGGGUUGUCAUUCUCGACAACAGCAUUUGACUAACUAUUCUUUGCAGUGACGGUUCAAUGUUCCUUUCAGCGGUGGUUUGUCAUUCCCAAUAGCGGUAGUGAUUAUGGACUCUUCUCUCUCCUCAGCGGCGGUCUGUCAUUCUUGAUAACAGUGGUUUUCAUUUCAUUUAUUCUUGGGCAAACGCGUCAUUAAAAUCACCAGCAAAGCCGUUUUGGGCCUGUGAAUGUCACAAGCAUUGAAGCUCCCGCGGCUCUUGGAAGAUGGCUUCUCGAUUGGAAAGUUG